UGCACUUUGCUGUUGGCUUCUCCUGAUGCACCAAUUCAGUGCAUUUUCCAGCAGAGAUCACAGGCCGGGAGGAUGACAGCUCGAGUGUAUUUCUCGUUGAUUGCUGUUUUAUCGUGUCUGUUUGGAUACUUGAGCAUAACUCAUGCCAUUCAAAGAAGAUCUACAGUGGAUGGUUUAUGUCCGGCAAGGCUGACGGUCGUGCCGUCCCAUCGAGGAUGUUCUUCUGAUGAAGACUGCCCUGGAGGACACAAAUGCUGUCGAUUUGACUGUGGGCCUGUUUGCGUACUACCUGUUUUCAUGAAGCCGGGUCAAUGUCCCAUACCGGAGAUGAUUCCACUGUGUGCUGAAAGCUGUUUCAAUGAUGGCCAGUGUCCUGGCACACAGAAAUGUUGCCCAACCACCAGUGGCUUUGCAUGCAGUGAACCACGUGGUCAGGGAAGAGGUCAGGCAAGUUGCCAGGGAAGAGGUAUUGGCCAGGGAAGCGGACUGGGAAGUGGUAUUGGCCAGGGAAGCGGUUAUGGUCAGGGUUAUGGCGCUGGAAUGGGAAGCGGACAGGGCCAGGGAAGCGGCGCUGGAAUGGGAAGCGGUUAUGGUCAGGGUUAUGGCGCUGGAAUGGGGAGCGGCGCGGGCCAGGGAAGCGGAGCUGGAAUGGGAAGUGGAAUGGGAAUGGGAAGCGGCACAGGAAUGGGAAGUGGAAUGGGAAGCGGCGCAGGAAUGGGAAGCGGCGCAGGAAUGGGAAGCGGCGCAGGAAUGGGAAGCGGAAUGGGAAGCGGCGCAGGAAUGGGAAGCGGAAUGGGAAGUGGCGCAGGAAUGGGAAGCGGAAUGGGAAGCGGCGCAGGAAUGGGAAGCGGAAUGGGAAGCGGAAUGGGAAUUGGCGCAGGAAUGGGAAGCGGCGGAAUGGGAAGCGGCGCUGGAAUGGGAAGCGGCGCGGGCCAGGGAAGCGGCGCUGGAAUGGGAAGCGGCGCGGGCCAGGGAAGCGGAGCUGGAAUGGGAACGGCGCAGGCAAUGGGAAGUGGAAUGGGAAGCGGCGCUGGAAUGGGAAGCGGCGCUGGAAUGGGAGCUGGAAUGGGAAGCGGCGCGGGCCAGGGAAGCGGAGCUGGAAUGGGAAGCGGCGCGGGCCAGGGAACUGGAAUGGGAAGCGGCGCGGGCCAGGGAAGCGGAGCUGGAAUGGGAAGCGGCGCGGGCCUGGGAGGUGGAAUGGGAAGCGGCGCUGGAAUGGGAAGCGGCGCUGGAAUGGGAGGUGGAAUGGGAAGCGGCGCUGGAAUGGGAAGCGGCGCGGGCCAGGGAAGUGGAAUUGGAAGCGGCGCUGGAAUGGGAAGCGGCGCGGGCCAGGGAAGCGGAGCUGGAAUGGGAAGCGGCGCGGGCCAGGGAAGCGGAGCUGGAAUGGGAAGCGGCGCGGGCCAGGGAAGCGGAGCUGGAGUGGGAAGCGGCGCGGGAAGGGAAGCGGAGCAGGGGAAUGGGAAGCGGCGCGGGCCACGGAAGCGGAGCUGGAAUGGGAACGGAGCUGGGGAAGCGGAGCUGGAAUGGGAAGUGGGAAUGGGAAGCGGAAUGGGAAGCGGCGCGGGCCAGGGAAGCGGCUCUGGAACGGGAAGCGGACAGGGUAAGGGAAGCGGCGCAGGAACGGGAAGCGGCGCAGGAACGGGAAGCGGACAGGGAAGCGGACAGGGCAAGGGUAGCGGACAGGGCAAGGGUAGCGGCGCAGGAACGGGAAGCGGACAGGGCCUGGGAAGCGGCGCAGGAACGGGAAGCGGACAGGGCCAGGGAAGCGGCGCAGGAACGGGAAGUGGCCAGGGAAGCGGCAAGGGUAGCGGAAAGGGCAAGGGUAGCGGCGCAGGAAUGGGAAGCGGACAGGGCCAGGGAAGCGGCGCAGGAACGGGAAGCGGACAGGGCCAGGGAAGCGGCGCAGGAACGGGAAGCGGACAGGGCCAGGGAAGCGGCGCUGGAACGGGAAGCGGACAAGGCCAGGGAAGCGGCGCUGGAACGGGAAGCGGCGCUGGAACGGGAAGUGGACAGGGAAGCGGCGCUGGAAUGGGAAGCGGCGCAGGAAUGGGAAGCGGCGCGGGCCAGGGGAAUGGUGCAGGAAUGGGAAGUGGAAUGGGAAGCGGCGCAGGAAUGGGAAGUGGAAUGGGAAGCGGCGCGGGCCAGGGAAGCGGCAUGGGAAGUGGACAGGGCCAGGGAAGUGGCGCUGGAAUGGGAAGCGGCGCUGGAAUGGGAAGUGGAAUGGGAAGCGGUACAGGAAUGGGAAGUGGAAUGGGAAGUGGUGCAGGAAUGGGAAGUGGAAUGGGAAGCGGCGUGGGCCAGGGAAGCGGCGCAGGAACGGGAAGCGGACAGGGCCAGGGAAGCGGCGCAGGAAUGGGAAGCGGCGCUGGAAUGGGAAGCGGCGCUGGAAUGGGAAGUGGACAGGGCCAGGGAAGCGGCGCAGGAAUGGGAAGCGGCGCAGGAAUGGGAAGUGGAAUGGGAAGCGGCGCAGGAAUGGGAAGUGGAAUGGGAAGUGGAAUGGGCCAGGGAAGCGGCGCAGGAAUGGGAAGCGGACAGGGCCAGGGAAGCGGCGCAGGAAUGGGAAGCGGCGCAGGAAUGGGAAGCGGACAGGGCCAGGGAAGCGGCGCAGGAAUGGGAAGCGGACAGGGCCAGGGAAGCGGCGCAGGAAUGGGAAGCGGCGCAGGAAUGGGAAGCGGCGCGGGCCAGGGAAGUGGCGCUGGAAUGGGAAGCGGCGAUGGAAUGGGAAGUGGAAUGGGAAGCGGAGCUGGAAUGGGAAGUGGAAUGGGAAGCGGAGCUGGAAUGGGAAGCGGCGUGGGCCAGGGAAGCGGCGCAGGAAUGGGAAGCGGACAGGGCCAGGGAAGCGGCGCAGGAAUGGGAAGCGGCGCGGGAAUGGGAAGCGGACAGGGCCAGGGAAGCGGCGCAGGAAUGGGAAGCGGCGCAGGAAUGGGAAGUGGAAUGGGAAGCGGUGCAGGAAUGGGAAGUGGAAUGGGAAGCGGCGUGGGCCAGGGAAGCGGCGCAGGAAUGGGAAGCGGACAGGGCCAGGGAAGCGGCGCAGGAAUGGGAAGCGGCGCAGGAAUCGGCGGCGCAGGAAUGGGAAGUGGAAUGGGAAGCGGCGCAGGAAUGGGAAGCGGAAUGGGAAGCGGCGCAGGAAUGGGAAGCGGCGCAGGAAUGGGAAGUGGAAUGGGAAGCGGCGUGGGCCAGGGAAGCGGCGCAGGAAUGGGAAGCGGACAGGGCCAGGGAAGCGGCGCAGGAAUGGGAAGUGGAAUCGGAAUGGGAAGCGGCGCUGGCCAGGGAAGCGGCGCGGGAAUGGGAAGCGGAGCUGGAAUGGGAAGCGGCGCGGGCCAGGGAAGCGGAGCUGGAAUGGGAAGUGGAAUGGGA